AUGGCCAAAAUUUAUCCAGAAACACUCAAGAACUCUUCUUCUUGUUAUGUGACUUCCACAAGAGAAACAUUUACUAUAUGGAUGAAAUCCCUAGUGUUCCAUGGGAAUGGUUGUACUGUCUUUAAUUCUAAGGGUGAUAUUGUUUUCAGAGUUGAUAACUACCAAGAAAGAAAUAGCAAUGAAGUCUUCCUCAUGGAUCUUUGUGGACAAGUUCUCUUCUCCAUUAAAAAAGAGAAAUUAAGAUUACUUGGUCGGUGGAGUGGCUAUUUAAGUGGUGGAUUUAAAGGGAAGCCAUGGUUUCAAGUGAGAAGGAAUUGGAAGUUUACAAAAGGAGAUAUCAUUUGUAAUGUGAAUUUGGGGUGUGACAAAUCUAUAGGAAGUUGUUACAAGAUUCAACAAACUGACAAAAACUCAUCAUUUCAAAUCUCAAAUAAUACUGGUCAACUUGUUGCAAAGGUAAAACGAAAGCAAUCAUCAAGAGGAUUUGGGUAUGGUGAUGACGUGUUAACUCUAAAUGUGGAACCCCAAAUAGAUUACUCGUUUAUUGUGGCUCUUGUGACAAUAUGCGGUUUGAUUAAAAACAAAUUGUAAAGAACAAUUGGACUGACUCUUGCCCAUUCAGACUGAGCCCACUAGCUGGGCUAGAUACUUACGUAUUUUUGACAAUUUUGCCCCUGAUGUAUACAUGUUUUCAUAUAUAGUCUAUUUAAUUAGUUUAGUUGAUUUAUUCAUUUUUCUAAUACGAAGUCUCUUCCAUUAUGUCAUUUCUUUAGCUAACAAGUCUGUAUUGAUACCAAACAUUUGUAAGUUUAUUGAGAUAAUUGUAAGUUUACCCCGUCCCUUUAACACCUUCAUUAGUAUCACACCUACGAAUUGGUACAUUUAUAGGUCGACACAAAGCAUGUCCAAACUAUCUCAAAUGAUCU